AUGGCAGGACGCCGCACGCUUCUUCGUGCUGUGCCCGCGCUCUCAGGCAGAAGAGCGCCUCAGCUGGCCUCUACCGCCCUCCGACUGUCGCCAGCACAGCACGUUGCGAAGCGACCGCUACACGCGACCUCCCGCCACUUGGCUGCUGCCGGCGUCGCCGUCGCCGAUUACCCCAAAAGUCACGAACAGCUCUCCGACAUCGUUGAUAUCCACAACUUCAUUGACAACCAGUUUGUGCCCUCACAGGCCCAGACAUGGAUUGACCUUCAUGACCCCGCCACGAAUAACCUCGUCACCCGCGUGCCCCAGUCCACCGAUGCUGAGUUGAAGGCCGCUGUCGAGUCGGCAAAGAAGGCUUUCCCGAAAUGGCGAGCCACCUCGAUCAUGAGCAGGCAGCAGGUCAUCUUCCGAUUGACGCAUCUCAUUCGGCAAAACAUGGACCGGUUGGCGACAUCCAUCACACUCGAGCAGGGGAAAACAUUCGCCGACGCAAAAGGUGAUGUGCUUCGUGGGUUGCAAGUUUGCGAGACCGCUUGUGGCAUCACGACCCAAAUACCAGGAGAAGUCAUCGAAGUGGCCAAAGAUAUGGAAACCCGUUCAUACCGCGAGCCGUUGGGUGUGGUCGCUGCCAUCUGCCCUUUCAACUUCCCCGCCAUGAUCCCUCUUUGGAGCGUGCCCGUGGCCACCGUCACCGGCAACUGCUUGAUUCUCAAGCCCAGUGAACGAGACCCGGGUGCGACCAUGAUCAUUGCCGAGCUCUGCAAAGAGGCCGGCUUUCCCGAUGGCGUCGUCAACGUCGUCCACGGAGCGGCCAAGACGGUUGACUUCAUCAUUGAUGAGCCCGCCAUCAAGGCCAUCUCUUUCGUGGGAGGCAACCGCGCGGGUGAGUACAUCUACACUCGAGGCUCGGCGCAAGGUAAGCGUGUUCAGGCCAACCUCGGCGCAAAGAACCACGCGGCUGUCCUGCCUGAUUGCAAUAAGAACCAUGCUCUCAACGCCAUUGCUGGCGCCGCUUUCGGCGCUGCGGGCCAACGGUGUAUGGCUCUGAGCACCCUCGUUAUGAUCGGAGAGACCAAGGAAUGGCUUCCUGAGUUGGCGGAACGCGCAAAGAACCUCCGCAUCGACGGUGGCUUCGAAGAGGGUGCUGAUCUUGGUCCAUUGAUCAGCCCCCAGAGCAAGAAACGCGUUGAGGACUUGAUCCAGAGUGCUGAAGAGGAAGGGGCCACUAUUCUGCUAGAUGGCCGAGGGAAGACACCCGCAAAGUAUCCCAACGGCAACUGGGUUGCGCCCACCAUCAUCACCAAUGUUAAGCCUCACAUGAAGUGCUACACCGAAGAGAUUUUCGGCCCCGUUCUCGUCUGCUUGAAUGUGGACACUACCGAGGAGGCCAUAUCUCUCAUCAACUCCAACCCUUACGGUAACGGAGCGUCCAUCUUCACCCGUUCCGGUCCGACCGCCUCCUUGUUCCAGAAGGAGCUCGAGGCCGGCCAGAUCGGUAUCAACGUCCCAAUCCCCGUCCCGUUGCCCAUGUUCAGCUUCACCGGCAACAAGAAGAGUGUGGCCGGAACCGGCUUGGCCAACUUCUACGGCAAGGAUGGUAUCAGAUUCUACACUCAGUGGAAGACUGUUACCAGUCUGUGGCGGGCAGAGGAUGCUCUUGCGACCGAGAAACAGGUCGCCAUGCCCACACAUUCGUGA